AUGUACGAAGCGAAAUAUCCAGAGGUAGAAGAUCUGGUUAUGGUUAAUGUUCGACAGAUCGCCGAAAUGGGUGCUUACGUGAAACUGUUAGAAUAUGACAAUAUUGAAGGUAUGAUCCUCUUGUCGGAAUUGUCGAGGAGACGUAUCCGAAGUAUUCAGAAAUUGAUUAGAGUCGGAAGGAAUGAAGUCGUUGUCGUUUUAAGGGUCGACAAAGAAAAAGGAUAUAUUGAUCUGUCCAAACGUCGGGUCUCUCCGGAAGAUAUUGCAAAGGCCGAAGAAAAAUAUAAUAAAUCUAAAGCAGUACACAGCAUAAUGCGGCAUGUUGCCGAAAAACAAGACAUGGUACUUGAGGACCUUUACACUCAAAUUGGAUGGCCGUUGUAUAAAAAAUACGGUCAUGCCUAUGAAGCAUUUAAAUUGGCAAUCACUGAGCCUGAAAAGGUGUUCGAGGGCCUAGAAAUCUCACAAGAGAUAGCCAAUGAAUUAUUAGGCAAUAUCAAACGAAGGUUAACGCCACAGCCAAUCAAGUUUCGUGCUGAUGUCGAAGUAACCUGCUUUGGUUAUGAAGGCAUCGAUGCCAUUAAGACUGCACUCAAGGCCGGUGAAUCCUGCGAAACCGAUGAUACUGUAAUCAAGAUCAAAUUAGUUGCUCCUCCACUGUAUGUCCUUAUCACCAACGCCCUGGACAAAACUUUGGGAGUCGAAAUUCUAGAGAAAGCGAUAGUUGUCAUCCAAGAAUCUAUUGAAAAGUCCGGGGGCAAUCUGACGGUUAAAAUGAAGCCCAAAGCAGUUAGCGAAACGGACGAAAUGGAACUUGCGGAACUUAUGGCUCGUGUGGAAAAAGAGAACGCCGAAGUAUCUGGUGAUGAAGAUUCUGAGACUGCUGCUGGUGAUACCGACUGA